GAUGCGGCGUCGUUCUCGUCGCGACGUCCCCUAGAUCGAGGUGGACGGUAUAUCGUAAUCACGAGACCUUCAGCUCUGAGAGGUUGGGGACAUGCCGCUCUUUGCGGCUCUGAACAACUCCGCAUAUAGCUCAUCGCGGGCGAUCCGGGGACGCAUUUUGGAACAGAACUUAUGCCCUAAAGAGACCAUUCGAUGACCAUGAACUCGACGAUGAGUGGCCUCAGCGAAGCCCUCAGUGAGGCGUUGAGCACCGUUGUGCCUUUCGCGGCAUUCAACGAGACGGGACGAGUCAUUUCGGCCUCGUCCUCGAGAGCUUGCGGAGCCUGGAACCAGGGCCAACACAAUUUAUUCCAAGCAGCUGAAAUGAGCCUCAUCGUCGGCAGUCUCAUUCCGCACAGGUUCCAGAUCAGCACACUUCUAGCCAGAGGACUUUUUAGUAUCGGCAUGCUUCUGUUGGCGCUGUGGGGCGGGUUCGUGGUGUGCGCGUGGGAUCUCGUGUUAUGGUUUCUGACACAUUUUUGUAUCAACGGAGCCUAUUUUGCAUUUCUCCUGUGGAAGAAUAUACCACCGCCGAUCGCUCCCCACCUGAAACCUCUCUACGAGAAAUCGUUUCAGCCGUUCCUGGUGGAGCGCAGACUGUUCAACAAAUUCGUUAAAAAUUCCCAAUAUCUCGAGUUAGAGGAGGGCAAGCGCUACUCUGUGGAAGGUAUCACAAUGGCGGACGAGAGGGUUUCCGUGCUGAUUUCGGGCAAGAUGCAAGUCACCUGUGAAGGAGUCCUCCUUCAUUACGUGCAGCCCACCGACUUCAUCGAUUCGCCCGAAUACGAAUCCUGUGCCCCAGGGAGUGAGAAAACCAGCCAGGUCACGAUAACGGCAGUCGAGAACUGUUCCUAUAUUUGUUGGACACGGGAGGCUUUCGCAAGCGUCUUGCGCCAAAAUGAAUUCCUCGACAACGUGGUCUACAACCUGAUAGGGAAAGACAUCGCGCAGAAGCUUUAUUCACUCAAUGAAUUCCACAGAUUGGGCGGGAGCGGGAUGCUCGCGCUCCGGAAAGACCAGGCGGAUUGGUGGCGGAAGUCUAUACCUCGGAGCGUAUCCAUGGAUGCUGUCAACACCGAGGCUAGGGGGCGGAUGCGCUCUAUCUGCUGGGGGAAAGACAUAACCUCAGAGAGUCCUCCCCCAGAGGUAGCGAUGUCCGAUUCUUACGCUCAAGUGAAGAGGUACCAGGAGACGGUCAUACGGCAGCUGAAACCGCUCUCCGAUGAAGACCACGUCAGAAUGGGUCGAAUUUCUCCCGCUGGUGGGCAGACACCGCUGCUCCGUCAGUCAACGCUACGGCCUGCGAAUCGAGAUAAGAGUCUCGACACUGAGAUGAAGAGAGUGAACUUUGCCGAGAACGCCAAUGUCAUUAUUAGUGAAAGGUUGUGAACAACGGACCCACAAUAGUUUUUCCCUUAAUUUGCGCGAGCAGGUGGCGAUCGAUAAAAUAGUUGAUCGUGUUAUUUCACGGGCCAUUCCUCGGACUGACGAUAACUACAUAGAUAUUUUGGAAAUGAGU